CUGUCUGGCGCCUCAGUGCGAAGCGAAGCAUCGAAAGUGUCAGGUGUCUAGCGGAAUUUACGUUCGUUUUUGUCUCUCGUAUAUUUGGCGCAUAUUUUGACGUCAGCAACAAGAUCCGAGCAGCUGAAGCAAAUCCAAGGAUCUGGGAGAGAUCAUACAUAGAAGCACGCUUGCAAUAAUACCGAAAAUGGGCGUGGCACGCCUUACCCUAAUGCUGCUGGUAGCAGCAAUGCUGCAGCUGAACCAUGUGGAUGGCUAUUCCAAGUAUGGACGCGGCUGUGCCGACAUUGGUUGCCUACCCACUGAGGAGUGCGUCAUCACCAGCGAUUCGUGCAGCUAUAAUCAGCGCGAUGGCAAGGACUGCGGCAAUUAUCCGACCUGCAAGCGCAAGAGCGGCUCGAGCACCAACCAGGCAAAUCCCUCCUCCUCGUCGUCGUCAGUUAAUCCGUCAGGUAGCGUGCUCAAUCCUGGCUAUCCCAUGCAUGGCCUGCAGCCGGUGAACCCCUACAAUCCACCGUUCGUAUUUGGCCAGCUGCCGUUCUAUUCGGGACCGGCCGGCACUGGCGGACCGCCCGGCGGCGGCGCCGGCGUCGGCAUGCCCAGCUCCAGCAUAGGCAUCCUCGGAGGCGGCGGCGGCGGUCUGGCGCCAUAUGGAAGCAAUUAUCAGGGCUAUCAAACACAUCAUCAGAAUGCGAACAUGUACAACAAGCCGCCGCCACAGUAUCAGAACCAGAACCAACAGAAUCCCUACAAUCGCCAGACCCAAGCACAUCCUUCGGCAGCGGAGCGACGCGUCAAUUCCAGCGCUCCGCUCAUCGGUCUACUCGCAGUCCUGUUGUUGCUGCUGGCUUACGUAGGCAGCGACAGUGCCAGCACGUAAUAAGAUGCAGCAGUUGCUCUCCCUCCACUGAUACCCUUCACUCUUGAUCCUGCAACCCGACGACGACGACGAUUACGAUUAACCAUGUGCAAAUCCUUUGCUUGCUUCGUUUCUUUCAAUUUCCCCCCAAUUUUCGUUUAUUAUUUUCACUGGUUUUUGGGCCCUAGAUUAAGACACUUAAAGCGGGCUUCUACGAAAGCCACACCAACAGCAAAAGCAACAGCAACAGCAACAACAACAUUUCUGACAGGCAACACCUAUGGAAACAACAACAAAGCGUUAAAUAAUUGGUUACAAGUCAUAUUUAAGUAAAACCCACAAGCAGGAUAAUCUUUUGCAUAUAGACAAAGCAUAAGACACGCCCACAAUAUUAUUGAAGCUAUUUCUUUUCUAUACAUUCUCAGAUUACAGCAUGCAGCACGCCCCCGAGCGUAUACGUAAUAUUCAAAUAAUAUUGUGCGUGCGUGUGUGUGCGUGUGUGUGUGUGUGUGUUUGUGAGCUGAUUUGUGUGUUGGUCUAACUUUCAGUUAGUAGCCGGUCUAUGCGUAGUCCUGGCCCUGAAGGCACGUUGCACUACUCUCUGUUUUUUGCAGCUCAAUUAAAUUGGAAUUUAAUUUGGGGCUUAGAGCCAGUGCUUGCCACAGCCACAGACUUAGCUGCACGUCGGACACACACACACACACACACACACACAGACGCACACACGCACAGUUAAUUUAAUUUUUGUUGCUGCUGCGAAUUUUGUGGCAACCAUUUCCGGCUUUUAUUUAGCUGUUGCAGCUGCAGUUGCAAUUGUUGCUGUUGCAAUUGCUGCUGAUUGAAAUAGUUGCAGCCCAGGCACAGUUGUUGUAGACACAAAUACGCGUGUCAAUCAAAUUGCAAAAUAAGCUGGUUUUGGGGCUGCAAGCAAAUAAUUACAAUUAAAAUAAAAAAAAAAAAAAUCGAAAUAUAAAUAAAUAACGAAUUCCGCUCUAGAAAUCAAGAAAUUUAGUAACAAACGCGGUUUACUUAAAGCAGCUAAAAAGUGCACAAAGUACACAGUUUAAUGUAAUUUUAAAACAAUUUUUUUUUUGCAAUUUCAAAUAAUAAGAGUAAGAAAAAAUGCAAACCUUAAAUCAAACGACAAGCGACACUUGAAAACUCGUACGGAGAGAGAUACCAAUCAAAUUUGCAAGUAAUUACAAAUUAAGAAAAAUAUGAAAAGAUAAAAUAACUGCCAGGAAAAUAACAAUUACGAAGAAAAUAGCUAUACACAUA